CUGAUUACUGCACCUAAGAAAACACUAAUCUCUCGAAAGUAUCCAAAGACUUAACUAUAACAACGAUAUUCUGGAAUGGCUUCAGCUAGCUGCCCGCCUUUGCAAGACAAGAAACAAAAUCUAAAAAGAUUACUCGAGUGUUCAAUUUGCUUGGAGACAUUUGACGACCCACGGACGUUGUCUUGUCUGCAUUCGUUUUGUAAGAAAUGCCUGGAAAACUUUGUCAAUGGAAAACCCAGAGAUGAAUUAAAUUGUCCUGUGUGUCGUACCAAGUUCACGUUGAACAAAGAUGGGGUGGCAGGAAUGACAAGAAACCAUUUCAUUUGUAACAUGGUCGAAAUGAUCUCUAUUCGACAUUCAGAUAAAUGCGUACCUUGCUCACAUUGUGAAGAAUCGUCUGUUGGUCGUUGCAUAACAUGUGAGCAUUUCUUGUGUGAGAAAUGCGUCAAAGCUCACAGUGAAUACCUUGGUUUUAGAGAUCAUGCUGUUCUUACGACGGAAGAGUUAUCCAAGCCUGAAAAUAGAUUAAAGAUAAAGGGGAAGUCGUGCUGCAAGAAACAUCCAAGAAAAAAAUUGAAGCUUUAUUGUGAAACUUGCGACCAAUUAGUCUGCACAUAUUGUGUCGUUUUCGAACAUUUUCAACCUAAACACGUUUGCAGUCCACUUGAAGAUAUCGCAGCGAGGAAACGAGAGGAACUAAAGGCGAUAUGCACGGCUCUAGAGAGUAAAAAGAAUAGCAAAAACAAGUACUAUGAGAAACUGAACCUUGACUCAAAUGGAAUAGAGUUAAGAUUAGAAAGGGAGAAAGAUAACGCACGUAAGAGAAAAGAUAGAAUUUUGAAAUCUGUUGAGGAUGCCUUGAAUAAAAAAGUUCAAACUCUUAUUGAAGAAAAACAAAAAGUGGCUCGCGUAAAAAAGCAGGCAAUCGAGAAAGAAAUAAAACGAGUUUCGGACGAGAGAGCCGGGCAAAAAAAGACCUAUGAUAUGGCAAAGGCGCUGGUUGACAAUGGAAGCGAAGAAGAAAUAAUGUUAUCAUUCAAGUUAGUUCAAGAGAGUGUCAAAAAUGGUGUGGAGAAAGACAAGGUUGGUACGAUAGAUAUUGAAUUGCCUAAACACAGCAAUGAAGAACUGGAUAAUAUUUUUCUUGGUGAACUUAAAAAAAUUAAGAAGGAAGAAGUUCCACGUCAGAUCAUGGUGCGUCCCAAAUCGAAAAGCCCUGAACCUCCUAGAGUUACGAAGAUUUUCUAAUCAACUCAACGACUGCACUGUAUAUUCGUUCUGCUUUGACAAAUAUAACAUGCAGGCUCGGAUUCAACUGAGGUUCGGGCUACAUUAUUUUUGAACCGUUUUUUAAUUGCAAUUUGCUGACUAUUGAUCGAACUGUCCAGGUUCUUCUAACGUCGUUGCUUGUACACAAAAAAGUUGGUAGACUGUUAGAUUACUGAAGUUUUGAAACCUUGUCCUCCAGAAGAAAAAAAAGUACAUUCACGCCAGUAAAAUAUUCAUAAUAAUAAAUGUUUUGUUCACUCAUGGUUUUGACAUAUCCAAUAGCGUGACAUAACCGCCGUAAGUUGAUAAUAUGUGAGCCUUCUUCACUUCAUUACUUUAGGCUGAAUUUACGACUUGCAAUAUUUUUACCUGCCUGCCUUGUUUUUUGCACAAUCAUAAUUAUUUUUACAUUGAUAAACAACUCAGCAACAGGUAGCUCCUAUCUCUAUGACCCGUGCGGUUCAACUGUCUAGAAAUGUACUACUUUCUUACUCAGUUCUCUGGGGUCUCGUGACACCUGAACUUUGACAACUCUUCGCUACAAAACUGCAUGUAUCAGUAUCACUUGUAAUUCAAACACGCAAUAUGAUUGGCUUGUUGAGUCCGUUAACGUAAACAAAUUUCAAAAUUCAAAACUAAGCCAAUCAUAUUGCGUGUUUGCUGUGACGUAGGGCAGGGUGAUGGGAUCCCGACGGCUUUUAAAAAAAUUCAACCAAAAAGUGUUUGUAUUUUCGUAAAUUUCACAUAUUUGCAAUGAACAAUUUCGCAUAUUUGCAUAUUUGCAACUCGAAGAGGUGAAGUUCAGAGAAUGUUUCGGACAAGAGAAAACAUGUGUACAUAUAGAAGAUUAUAUCUGAUAAACACGUCGCUAUUCUACUUAGUUCAAUGAUAAAAGAGUUGAGUUGUGAUACAUUAUAUCACAUAUGUCAUGUUUCAUACAUUAAUGACAGUGUAUUUUAACAAUGAUCUUAAUGUUUGUUCUGCUUACUGGCUAGACAAAUAUAACAUGCAUGCCCAAAUUCAAGUGAGGUUCGGGCAUUGACUAUUGAUCAAACUGAAAUUUGCCGUGAUCAACC